AUGGGGGUUCCUAAGGCUGGCAUGGAAUUCAUGAUGUCGCUAGUCUCGAAGUACCUCCGCUAUUAUGCCGGCUAUGCAGAUAAGAUUUCUGGUGAGUUGUAUCCAGCAGAGGAUGGCGUUUACGAGAUUGUGACAUAUGAACCUCUAGGUGUUUGCGCUUCCCUUGCUUCGUUUAACGCGACCUUUUUGUAUGUGGCCUUGAAAUUGGGACCCGUACUCGCUGCUGGGAAUACGUGUAUCUUCAAAGCCUCUGAAAAAGCACCUUUUGGUGCGCUGGCACUUGGCCGGUCAGUCUAUGAGGCUGGCUUUCCACCGGGAGUUAUAAAUUUCGUCUUGGGUGCGGUUGAGACAGGAAAACUACUUGCUUCCUAUAUGUAUAUCGCCUGUAUUAACUUCACGGGAUCGGUGAAUGCUGGCCGUAAGGUCUAA